UAUGUAUACAAGUAUACAACUUGUGUAUGACAUUCAAAUAGCCAUAGAAGGGUUUUAUAAUGGGCUUGCUGGGCAUUUACUAUAUAUAUACCGUUUGAUUUUCGAAUAUUGGGGGGGUAUUUUAUGCGACCUUUCAUUCUAUCACAUACAAUGAUACAACCGGACCCUUUCAUCUUUCAACGUCGGUGAAUCGAGUCUUAAAAAAGGAGGUCCCUGCGUCUACGGCGGAAGAUAGUGGUUCCCGACGAUUAGGGUUUUAUCUUCCUCCAAUUGAAUCACUCCUUUGCGCUUUCUGAAAUCUAAAUUGUCUGUGUUUUGCUAUCGGAAAGGUUUUGGCUCUAGUGUUGAGGUUACAGGGGUUUGUACCUGAAAAUGCAAAGGGGAAAUGGAGGUAGAGAUGAUUUCUUUAAUUUCGGGGAUCCUUUUGCUGGGUUUGGAGGCCUCGGUGGCCAUGGGAGUCUGAUAUCUAACUUUUUUGGGGGAAGAGACCCAUUCGAUGACCCUUUCUUUACUCGUCCAUUUGGCCCCAGCAUGUUUGGUCCCAGCAUGUUUGGCCCUAGUAUGUUUGGUCCCAGCAUGUUUGGCCCCGGCAUGUUUGGUCCAAGAGGGAGCAUCUUUGGAGAUUCGCCUGCCUCUGGGUUUAUUGAACAUGAACCACCGCAGGCCAAUUCGCUUGCCUCUGGGUUUAUCAAGCAUGAACCACCACAAGCCAAUAAAUCAAAAGGGCCAAUCAUAAAGGAGUUAAACUCUGAUGAUGAGGAGGUAGAAGAAACGGAAGCAAAAGAGAAAGCGUCCGAGGAGAAGAAAGAUAAUCCAAGGAAGCAUUCUAGGUCGAGUAAAGACCCAUAUGUUGAGGAGCCCGAUGACGAAGCUGAAGUGGGUUUAUGUGCAGGGAGGAGGAGCAAACAUAUGCAGUACAUGCAUGACUAUAACAGGGCUGAUAGAACCCAGCCUCAGGCUCGUAGUUUCACCUUUCAGAGCUCUACUGUUACUUAUGGUGGUGCUGAUGGACCAUGCUAUACUUCAUCUAAAACCAGAAGGACUGGCAGUGAUGGAGUGAUGAUUGAAGAAUGCAAAGAAGCAGAUACAACAACAAGUCGAGCAGCACACAGGUUAUCUAGGGGACUUCAUGAUAAGGGUCAUUCAAUAAUGAGGAAGCUUAAUUCAGAUGGUAAGGUGGAUACCAUGCAGACCUUACACAAUCUUAAUGAAGAUGAGCUUGUGGGAUUUGAAGAUGCUUGGAGGGGGAGUGCUAGAACACACUUGCCUGGAUGGAAUGAGAGAUUGAAUAUGCACGGGGAUAUAGGGGCUAUCAGCAGUGGACAAGGGCAGGCAACAAAUGGUGGAUGGGCUCUUCCGUCAACAGAGCAGCAUAAACCUCAGGGAUCUGAGAGGAGGUUUGGUGGUGGGGUCAGGACAGGCACCUCCAAGGGAAGGGCUAGGCCAUCUACCAGGAUUAAUAUAGAUUAAAGCAGAAUCCUCUGUGAGAAGUCUCGUGGUUGUGGUCACUAGUAAAAUUUUCAGCUUUGAACUACGUAGUUAUAUACUGGGAUGUCCUGAUGGGCUGGAAGGGGGAAGAGUUGGGGAUCUUUGUGAGCAUUUGGGCCUCUGCUCCCACAGUAUAAAAUGUUAGUACACAAAAUUGAGAUACAUCAACCAGAUCGUUCAUGUUGGCUUGUGUUGCAAUUUUAGGUUGCAACAAUGGGAAGGGAAGAUGCUGUCAUUUAGGUAUUA